AUGCCGAUUCUGGUUUCCAUGAAGCCGUGGUUGUUCAAGCCGGUUGGGCAGGCCAAGCCUAAUUACUCACACCGCAGCUGGCCACUCAUGAGCUGUGCGAAAUCCACUCCCGCGCCGGACCCGACAAAAGUUGUGUAUUCAGAUGUGCACGACUUCAAGAACUACGAAGAGGACCGCUACUCGGAAGAGUAUGAGUUUCGCUGCUUCGAGGACGGCUCCUGCGUCUACAUCAGAAGGUGCAUGGGCCCAGGCCGCCUUUCCACAGAGUCCAAAACCACCGAGACGAUCGAGAAGCGUGGGAAGUGGUCGCAGGAGGAUGGCAGGAUGAAGCCUCAGUGGCACACGAUCGAGAAGUGA